UCUUGUUCGUGAGCCCCCACCCCACCCACCCUACCCAUUGACAGCUAGCUAGCUAGCUAAAGGGUUUAUUUCCACAAGCUCAACAAACUCCAGAAUCUAACGUUUCUGAAUUCAUGGAGAAAAUGAAGAAUAAUCAGUAUGAAGACGUUCAUUUUCCGACGAGCCCAUUCGAAGCAACUCAGGGCAAAGCCUCCUCCUUGUCUGCCCCCGUCAGCCCUUUCUCAGAUCAUCAUCACUCGCCUGGAGAUUUCCCUGCCCCUGCCCCUGAAAAUGGCGCGGCACUGGCAGCAAGGAAACCCCUGAGCAGGAGGAGAACCAGUUUUGCACAUCGAAUUCGAGAGCACGUGAGAAUGGGGCCUAACUUCGCGGAGACGGUGAAGGGGAAGCUGAGCGUCGGUGCGAAAAUCAUCAAGAAAGGCGGGAGGGGGAACAUGUUCCGGGACAUGUUUGGGAUGAGCGAUGGCGAGAAGCUGCUGAAGGCAUCUCAGUGCUAUCUGUCGACGACAGCAGGUCCGAUUGCAGGGACUCUGUUCAUCUCCACACACAAGGUUGCAUUCUGCAGUGAGAGAUCCAUCCCUCUCCACUCCUCUUCCCAUGGCGUCGUCACAGCUCCUUACAAGGUUUGCAUUCCAGUUAAGAAAAUAAGAGUGGGGAAGGAGAGUGAAAAUGCAGACAAACCCUCCCAGAAGUUCAUUCGGAUAGUGACUGAUGAUGAUUAUGAGUUUUGGUUUAUGGGAUUUGUAAGAUUCGAGAAGGCUCUAACGAGUCUUGAAAUGGCCAUUUCAACUCCAUCCAGUGCUUGAUUAAUUUGUACAUACAUGUAUACAGGCUUGGGAUGUUCUAUUUUCUAGCUUUGCUUCUUAAUUAAUUGUAAUUGUAAAAUAUGAUCAGUUGAGAUACAGUUUGAUGAAACAGAGGGCAUAGGUUUUUUGACCGACGAUCAAAGAUCGGUUAGAUUUGCAUAUCCAAGAUUAAUUUAUGAGCAAUGUUUCCAUGUUCGUUUGUUU